ACAAGGGAGGCGAGAAUGAUUUAACUAGGCUCAACUGCUUUUCCUUCUUAUAGGUGCAUUUAGGUCUAAAGAGGGUCUAAAAACUGUAGAGGUUUUCAGCUGUGUACCACUACUUCAGAAUGAAGAUUGAUAUCCAUAAUCAUAUUUUGCCCAAGGAAUGGCCAGAUUUGAAAGAGAGGUAUGGAUAUGAUGGGUUUGUCCAGCUGCACCACCACUGUAAAGGAGAGGCCAAAAUGAUGAAGGAUGGGAAAGUGUUCCGUGUCAUUCAGGAGAACUGUUGGGAUGCAGAAGCCCGGAUUCGGGACAUGGAUAAGCACGGUGUAACAGUACAAGCACUUUCUACAGUUCCUGUUAUGUUCAGCUACUGGGCCAAGCCUGCCGACACGCUGGACCUGUGUAGGAUGCUGAAUGAUGACCUGGCAGCAACCGUUCGGUGCCACCCCAAGCGCUUUGUGGGCCUGGGCACACUACCCAUGCAGGCUCCUGGGCUGGCUGUGCAGGAAAUGAGACGCUGCGUGAGGGAGCUAGGCUUCCCUGGAGUGCAGAUCGGCUCUCACGUGAACGCAUGGGACCUGAACACGCCUGAUCUCUACCCUUUCUAUGCUGCUGCUGAGGAAUUAAAUUGUGCAAUAUUUGUACAUCCAUGGGACAUGCAAACAGAUGGCAGAAUGGCCAAGUACUGGUUGCCAUGGCUCGUUGGUAUGCCCUCAGAAACUACAAUGGCAAUAUGUUCUAUGAGCUUUGGGGGUAUUUUUGAGAGAUAUCCAAAGCUAAAGGUCUGCUUUGCCCAUGGAGGAGGUGCUUUUCCCUAUACAGUUGGACGAAUUGAGCAUGGUUUUAAGGUGCGGCCAGACCUGUGUGCUACAGACAACAAGAAUAACCCACGUAAAUAUAUAGGAUCCUUUUACACGGAUUCUCUGGUCCAUGACCCCCUUGCACUUCAGUUACUCAUUGAUGUAAUAGGAAAGGAUAAGGUGAUGUUGGGAACAGACUACCCAUUUCCACUGGGAGAGCUGGAGCCAGGGACAUUGAUAGAGUCAAUGGAUACAUUUGAUGACAUGCUAAAGGAUAAACUCCUGGCAAGAAACGCUCUUGAAUUUUUAGGCCUUCAGAGGGAACAGUUUGAGUGACAUGGUAGAAAAUCUGUUGCCUAUUUCAUGUAAAAAUUACAUGUGGUCAGAACAAAAAAACAAAAGUGGGAUUUUACUACUUUUACCCUUUCAAUUAAAUAACUUUAUGAACAUGUGUUUUUGAAAAGAUGUUGCAUAUUAAAAAAAAAAAUCAGCUCAUGUCUUUAACACAUCCACAUGUCCAC